GAUCACCACAAGCAAAAAUCCCCUUCCCAGUUCCCACCCUCUCACAUCCACACCAGCGGAAAAUAGUAGUAAUCCCCGCCGCCCAACCCCCACCCUCCCCGGCGCGUGCGCUUGCGAUGCUUCCGCGCCGGCGUCGGCCACGGGUGGUGCAGUGAUGGUGGGCUUCUUCCGCAGCGGCAACCUUGCCUCAAGGGUGUUCGACCGGCAGUUUCUCUCUCCGCGCCCCGGCGCAACCGUUAAUACUGUCAGACAAUUCUAUGAGAAUUUGGUUCCAAGUUACACUAUAUACGACAUAGAUUGUCCAGACUAUUCAUUUCGCAAGUUCACCGAUGAUGGCAAGUAUCUUGUGGCCUUUAGUCGAAACCACCAAGAUUUGAUUGUGUACCGUCCCAUCUGGUUAACGUUUUCAUGCCACGAAGAAUGUGAUUCUCAUGAUCUUCCGGCCAAUGCAGAGAGAUUUGAGAGUUUCUUUAAGCAGCUCUACUCAAUCUCACUUGCAUCCAGCAAUGAGUACAUUUGUGAGGACUUUUUCCUUUACAUGGAGUGCCAUCAAUAUGGCUUAUUUGCAACGUCAACUGCACGAAGUAAUGAAUCAAGUGUCACUGAGGGUGCAAUUCACGGGGUACCAUCAAUUGAGAAAAUAACUUUCUAUCUUGUAAGGCUAGAAGAUGGUGCAAUACUAGACGAGAAAGCUUUCUGCAAUGAUUUUAUCAAUUUGGCUCAUAGUAUUGGUGCAUACUUGUAUGAGGAUCUGGUUUGCAUUGUCUCUCUUCGAUAUCAAACAAUACAUGUCCUACAAAUCCGAGAUUCAGGCAGCCUUGUUGAGGUACGGAGAAUUGGUGCAUUUUGCCGGGAAGAUGACGAACUAUUUCUUUAUUCACAUGGCCAGGCUGCACAAGGGAGUUCUUUUCUUCCUGGCAUCAAGCAACGGUUGCUAUCAUUUAUUUUCCACAAGACAUGGAAUGAGGAACCUGAUCAGGCUUUGAGGGUCCAGCACCUGAAGAAGAAAUUUUAUUUUCACUUUCAAGACUAUGUGGAUCUUAUCAUAUGGAAGGUACAGUUUUUGGAUCGCCAUCACCUAUUUAUCAAGUUUGGUAGUGUCAAUGGAAGGGUUACUCGAAGCACUGAUCAAAACCUAGCAUUCUUUGCUGUGUACAACAUGGAGACGACAGAGAUUGUGUCACUCUAUCAGAAUUCUUCGGAGGAGCUGUAUUCAUUGUUUGAACAUUAUUAUGAUCAUUUCCAUGCAAAUCCUCAAAAUUCUUUGCAUGAGAAAUUUAUCUCGUCCAAUCCCAAUAGUGUUCAUGCUCUUGAUCAACUCCGCACCAUUAAAAGUAAAGCAAGCAGCCCCUCACAGUUUGUGAAAAAGAUGAUGGCGUCAUUGCCUUACACUUGCCAAUCACAAAGUCCUUCACCAUACUUUGAUCUGUCAAUUUUUCGUUAUGAUGAGAAGCUGUUUUCAGCAAUUGAUCGGCAUAGGCAUUGCACAGAGCAUCCGAUAAAAUUUAUAUCAGUGAGGCAACCAAAUGUCGUCAAAUUUAAGAUAAAACCAGGUCCUUGAAGAACCGCAAAACAGGCUUGGAGCACUCCAAAUGUCCUCUCCACAUCCUUUCUAGCUCCUUGUCUUUUGGGCAAAGUGAGAUCUUUCUCACCCCUUGGAUCAGAGAUGGUCUUGACGAAGGUCGCCCAUGAAGGAUAUCUAUCAUCACAAAGAUAAUAUAGCCCGUGUUGUAGUCAUGACAAUUGAUGGUAUAGUUGCACGGAGGAGCUUGUCACUCACACAACCUUGCAAGCAAUGGAGGCCGCUGCAACAAGUUGAUGUCAUUGUGAGACCCAUGCAUCCCAAAUAAAGAGUGCCAAAUCUAGAGGUCUUGUGAUGCACGUGCUUCAAGAAUGAUGGUGGGCUUCUUACAAUGGCCUUGACAUUGCCUCUGUAGAGCAUAUGGGCAAUUCGUCCAUAGCCAGUGCAUGCAAUCCGGAAAUCCAAGCAUACCUGGUCACCCUCUUGCUUCUGAUAGUGCCAUGAGUCGUGCGGUGUCUUCGGCAGUUCAUUCUCCCAUGUACUUCGGUCCAAACAUCUUGACCACCAUAGUAGCAAAUCUGACCAUGACUCGAGACAUGUGCUUUCGGACAUCCGGAGGUACUUGUCCCACGAAUCCGCGGCCAUGCCAUAGGCAAGCAUCCUCAAUGCAGCCAUGCACUUUUGGUAACCAGAUAAUCCAAUCUUUCAAACGGCAUCCUUCUUCAAGAUGAAGGUAGUCAUCAUAGGCCCGGACACCGUUGUAGAGGUGAUCGAACACAGUUCAGCUCAUCUGGAAUUGACGACGAAAAUAGGACUCAAAUAGCGCGUCGGGGACAAAGUAGUCCACCAGCAUCAUAUGCCCCCCGUGCCCUAUUCCGCUUCAUCACUUGAUGUCCCUUGAUCGAUCUCCGCAUGUUGGGCAUCUUCAAUAACCGCAUGCAUCAUCGUCGUUUCAUCCUUAUAUUCAUUCUCAUCUAACGAGGACGUAUCUAUGAACUCGGCGUAGAAGUACUCUGCGGCCGAAUGCAUAGUGUUUUGCUUCAAAGUAAACAAUAAAAACGUCAAUAAAUUUGGCUAUGGCAUUUGGCCGAACACUUGCCGGGUACCAUGUCCGCCAUGAACGGCAAUGUGCAGGGCAUAGGGUACCUCGGCGGUAGCCGUACCGGGGAUGGAAGGGAGGCAUAGGCAAAGUUGGAGCUGGCGCUCGGGUAGAGCGGCAGAGGUCCGGCAAGGCCUGAACGGCGGAGUGGGUGGUUCAGUGGCGGCGUGGGUCUCGGACUACACGGAUACAAACAAAGGGGAGGGACAGAGUGAGAAAAGCGGGGCUUCGGGUGGUUUUUUGUGUGGGCCAUGGGUGUCAGACGCCUACCCGGUGGCUGUCCGGGUGUUCGCAAACCUCCCCAGCUUGCUUCCGUUUUGUGAGAAUUUGGACGUACAGACCGGUCCGCGGACAUUUGAUGCACGGCGUUGGAUGGCACAAAGUGUCCAGUCUGCGCUGGACGUUUACGGGCGUUUUGAUGCACGGUGUUCGAGAUGUCCGUAUCUCUUUAAUUCAAGCAGCACUUGUCCCUCGCUGUCAGGGAGGCUAGCGGUAGCACCCCCACCUCCCAUCUGCUGCUGCCAGUUUUUGAAUUGGUGGAGGGAAGUUCAAUGGGGAAACGUACAGGGUAGGAAAAAAAAAUCUGAGCGGUGGGUUCCUGUACAGAAAAAAAUCUGAGCGGUGGGUCCCCAAUGGGUGCUAAAUGUUGGAACAAAUUUGGUUUCCUUGGACCCUCCUUGCUUUUUUUUCUUAGACCCGCCUCAUGCUGCUUAGACUGUUUAUUUUACUCUAAGCACCUCCUCUAAGCACCUUGCAUUGUACAGGGUCUAACCUGACCAAUGAACGGUUUUGAGCUCCCACAGCGUAGUGAUGUAAUCAUGAAGGCAACAUGACCACAUCAGAGCAAGCCAAAACGUAAGAAAUCUCACCUGACUUUAAGGGUGCAACUGGGGCGGGCCUUUCUGCUAGGCCGUUAGCCCGCCCCACAAAUAAGUCCGGCUAAUUCUCCCAUGGGAUGCGACCGGGUGGGAAUCCCGCGGCACCCCAGCAGACGCGGCUGCGUGCGAGUUCGUCCAUGUCUGGGCGCCGGAUCUGACCACGGAGUGAGGUCUCCAAGAACGACGGCAACAGGACGCUGUUGUGUAGAGCAGAGCAGUACGCUCCCGGGCGAUGGACGUGCGGUUCCGAGACGCAUUGACGAAGCGGGUGUUGUCAUCUUCGAGGGCAAUGGACGCGUGGAUUCGAAUGGCUUGAUGAGCUGGUUGGUGUCGAGCUUCAGCAGCUGAUGGACAUUGUACUGUCUGUCAGGCUUCGGCUGCUGCCAAUGAAGCCGGCGGCAGGGUGAGUGCGGGAAAAAGUGAAAGAGAGAGCGAGGAAUAAAACAGAGAUGGCAUGUGGGCCCAAAUGAUCAGGGAGAGGAGUGAGUAAUCCCGGUUGGGAACCGGGAUCGCCCGUAACCCGGUGCAACAAACAGGUCUGGGGUGAACAUCGGCUGGGAUUGAUAAAAAUAGGGUGUUGAUUUCAAGGAUUUCGAGGUAAGGGUUCGAUUCAGGGGGUGUUUGGUUCCAGAGAUUUUUUUGUGUUGGGACUAGAAAAAGUCCCUAGUAAACCAAACAGGGUGGGACUUUUUUGGGACUUUUUGCUAAAAGUCUUUAGAAGCACCUCCUUAAGAGUCUUUUUCAAAAAGUCGUAGGGACUAGAAAAAGUCCUAGGACUAGAGAACCAAACACCACCUCAGACUUCGGGUAUAAAUUCAAGGUUUAUUUCAGACUUAUCUCAUUACUUCGGGUACAAAUUCAAGGUUUAUUUCAGACUUCUCUCGUUACGUAAUCCACCGCACCCGCCCCGCUUGCAUCUUGACCUGACUUGAUAUCACUUUCGGGACACUGGAGGGAAAUUAUUUGUACAUUUGCUUUUCUAAGUCUUAUUUUGUUUUAGUAGC